CAACACAGUGCUCCUACCAGCAGUGCCAGUAGGUACGUUCGUCCAUCCGUCCGGUUGUACAGUAUAAUAAAAAUUAACCUCUAAUUGAGACUUUACAUUUGCAGAGUGUAUUUUUAAUUAUAGAACACACAGAAACAUGAAGGUACUUUACCUUAUGCAGCGUACCAAUCAAAGAAUUUUGCAAAACCUAUCACGCUUGGUGGUCAGUGGUAGGGGGGGUGACUUUAAUGCAGUAUGCUUGAGGAUUUGUAUGUGUCGUUGCUACACUUCGGAUGCAACUAGACCAGUUUUUGUUCAAACUCUUCGGGAAAACUACGGCGGAAAAGUUGCAAUUGUAGACAGCAUUGGAGAACAUACCUACAAUAAGAUUUUAUCUAUAAGUACUAAACUUAGUCAGGGAAUAUUAUCUAUAACUGAAAGAGAUUCUACUGUAAAAUCAUCUACAUUCCUUUUAAAUGGUGAGCGAGUGGCCUUUUUGUGUCCAAAUAAUGUGACGUAUGUAGUUGCCCAGUGGGCAACUUGGAUGAGUGGGGCCACUGCUGUACCACUUUGUAAAUCACAUCCACCGUCUGAACUUGAGUACUUUUUAAAUGACUCUGGAGCAUCAUUAGUUGUCACAACACCAGAGAACGCUGAGAAAGUUGAAGCAACGGUGAAGUUAUUAGGUAUUAAACACAUAAUUCUCAAUCAGGACAAACUUGCUUCAAGCGAUGACGAAGCAAGUCCAAUUACAGAUUUUGCCUCGUUAACUGAGGGACAAUUUGAUUUGGACUCGUUCGUCGAAAAGCGCUUAAUCACAGAGAAAUGGCGGCAAAUCAAAUGGAAAAAUCGUAGCGCCCAGUUGGUCUACACAAGUGGAACUACCGGUCGUCCUAAGGGCGUGUUGUCUACAUUUGGUAACGUUCAGUCACAAGUGACUAUGCUACUGGAUUCGUGGGGAUGGUCAAAUAAAGAUGUUGUUCUUCAUGUUCUUCCAUUACAUCACAUUCAUGGUAUCGUAAAUUUGUUAGUGUGCCCUCUAUGGUGUGGAGCAACAUGUGUCAUGUUGCCUGAAUUUGAUGCAGAAAAGGUGUGGAGUUAUCUACUCGAUGAAACAACACCAAGGGUUAAUGUCUUCAUGGCUGUUCCAACAAUUUAUGCCAAACUGUUGCAAGCAUAUAACACCAAAUAUGGAAGUGUUGCAGGGGGGAAAACAACAGAAUUUAUCAAGGCAACUCUACGGACUAAAAUGAGAUUGAUGGUUUCAGGGUCGGCAGCCUUGCCUCAGCCAAUCAUGGAACAGUGGGAGAAAAUUACAGGGCAUCGUCUGCUGGAACGGUAUGGAAUGACAGAGUUUGGUAUGGCACUGUCCAACCCUCUCAAGGGACUCCGAACUCCAGGAUCAGUUGGAACUCCUUUGCCAUCUGUUCAGGUCAGAGUGGUGACCUCUGAUGGACAGAUCACUGCAGAGGGAAAUUCUGUUCGGACUUCAGUGACCUCUGGGAUGGAAGGUGUGUCUGGUGAACUUCAGGUGAAGGGACCAAAUGUCUUUAAGUUGUACUGGCAGAAACCGGAAGCAACAGAGGAAGCAUUUACUGAAGAUGGAUGGUUCAAAACAGGUGACACUGUAGUGUAUGAAGAUAGCGUGUACCGCAUACUGGGGCGCACAUCGGUUGACAUCAUCAAAAGCGGUGGCUACAAGAUCAGCAGCCUUGACGUGGAGCGCCGUCUCCUGGCGCAUCACAGUAUUUCAGAAUGUGCAGUGGUUGGUCUACCGGACAUGACGUGGGGACAGCGCGUAGCUGCUGUCGUCAGUCUAAAGGAUGAUCGCCAACUGACGCUGAAAGUGCUACGAGAUUGGUGCCAGGAUAAGAUGCCGUCGUAUGUAAUCCCUACAGAGUUACGGAUACUGCCGAGUCUUCCAAGAAAUGCAAUGGGUAAAAUUAACAAGAAAGAGCUAGCGGAGGCAAUAUUUGGAGAUGAUUAUCAAAUAAAAUAAAUUUAAGCUAUGAAAUUUCCUGUGAUUGUCUGAUAUGUUUACUCUUCAAUCUGAAUGACUAAAAUCUACAUAUAACUCCAGUGAAAUUUGGCAAAGUAAAAUUACCAUUUGUCUUGGUCCAAAUUAAUCAAUGCAAACAGUUUAAAUAUCUCUUUUUCGAUACAGAAUUUUAUGGUCAGUGGAUACACUGUAAUAUUUCAUGGACGUGCACAUGGGCCCUCCUCAUACAAUCUUCAAAAAAAUAAGUUUGCAAAAACAAGGUACAAAAAAAGUCUUGCCUACAGCUUAAAUAUAUCAUCCAAAAGCCAAUACGCUAUUGAAACUUGUAUUUUAGCCCUCCUGCUGAAGCCCAUGGAGGGCAGUGAAUGGAAUUCAACCAGGUUAUGUGAAGGUCGUCAUGUUUAGCACCAGUUUUAAAUGAGGCUCACUCUGUUGUCAGAGUUUCAACCAGGUAACAAAUUAUUGACAUUGUUCUGGAGCAGUCGACAAUACCAACCACUCACUAUGGUAGUAAAAACGAACAGAUAACACAGUUUUCACUUCAGCCGUCUGUGCACGUAUGAUGACAAUCCAAAAAAGUUAUUGGUGUUUGCCAGUCCAUAAUUUUUAAGUACAAAUCUAGGAGUCCAUUUGGUUGAGGUGUGUUUUAAUAGAGAGUGAUUCCAUUAGUGCGGUUGUGUUGCGUCUCUGCAAGCGCUUGCUUAUUUUAAUCGCUCCAUGAAGUAAUCUGUUUUGAUUUCAGCCCGCCGUGCACUGACGUAUUCAGACACAAAUAAACGACCACAACAUGAGUAUCACUUUCUACAAAUAAUAAUUUUUAUUCCAAGAAAAUAACCUGUAUAGCUUCUUGAUAACUUCCCUUAAUUGUUAUGCAUACCAACCGAAGUACAAACACACAAUGCAUAAUCUAUCUAAUACAGACUCUGUAUCUACUACAGAGACUCUGAAUCAAUAUUCUUAAAAGUUAAAAAUAAUAACCAUUCUUUUGUAAGUAGCUUUGAUGACAUAUUGGCAGUGUAAAAACACGUUCUACCAGACAACAUUUUUUAUAAUUCGCAGCUUAAAAACAAGCAUUACUAUGGUCAGUUUAUUACAGAAAUCGCUUACAACAUAACUUAACAACCAACAGAUCAUAAUUAUUAAUUUAUCAUACAUUUUACAUCUUUUUUCAAAAAUAUUUUACACUUAACUUUGGAGUUGAGCAAUUGUACGAUAUGAAAAAUACUAUGUUGUUCCUAGGUCCUUUAAAAUUAGUGACAUUAUAUAAAACAAGUUUUAAUUUAGUCUGUAAUGAUCUAAAUAUAUAACAGGUUGGCUUUAUAUUUUCCUUUUCGAUGGUUUACUUCAAAAUUGUAAUAAUUUUGUAGUUAGGAUUAGUACGAUGAGAACUUUGUUCAGUUUUAAUUCAGCUAAAUAACACAUUAAGAUUUAAAAAAAAUAUCAAUGAGUAUCGAUAAGAGCAAUUGAGAAGUAAAAGAUUUAUCAUUUAAUCCUAAUUAAGAUUUUUUAAAAGCCUGCUCUCUUAAAUAAAAAUGUUUAAAUAAAAAAAUGCAUGUUUCUAUAUAGCAACUUUCUCUAAGAAUAAUUUCUUCGGAUAAAUGCUGUUAAAGCUAUUUUAGUGAACAAACACAACAAUUGAAAGAAUAGGGUCACAGAUGAUAAUGAUGAUGUAAGCCCAGAAAGGAUCCAAUUUAAGAUCAUAACAAAAGACAGUACGGAAGAUCCUAUCAAAGACCUCAACAUGGACACUACAGAAGAUCAUAACCAUGCCCUUAAAGACACACAGAAGAUCUAUCAAAGACUUUAACAAAGACACUAUACAAGAUCCUAUCCAUGCCCUUAAAGACACACACAAGAUCCUACUCAAGACAAAGAUACCACAGAAGAAGCUACCAGAACAUCAUAUCCAAGAUUUACAAAGGAUCCUAUUCAAGUCCUGACAGAAUUUAUUUUACAACACAGAAUUCAUUUAACCAUUCCUCUUUAAAUAGACCACAUUUUAAGUUUAUUUUUGAUUGCUACAUCCUACAUCCAUAAUAAAUUUUAUAUACAUUCCAUAAUUUGCACUAUUUAAAUAUUUAUAACAUACACAUGAUUUCAAAAACAGCAAAUAAGGUAGAAUGUCUGUGAGUUCAGCU